AUGUCGUCCAAGCAUUUCGCCAACGAGCCUCUCGCUCUCGUCAAUGCGGCUUUGCGCUCGGCCACCUACACCAACCCCUCCAUCGCCUUUGAUGCCGCGCAGAAAACCGUCUUCCUUCGCGAUGCGGCCUCGCAGCCCACCGUUGCACUCAUCUCCGGGGGAGGCUCUGGCCACGAGCCAUCAUUUGCUGGCUUUGUCGGCAAGGGCUUCCUCACAGCGGCUGUUGCUGGCUCCGUCUUCGCCUCUCCUUCUGCUGAGCAGGUCUUCCGCGCCAUUCGCCGCGUGGGCGCAGAGCAGCCACAGCGGGGUGUUUUGGUGCUCAUCAUGAACUAUACCGGCGACAUGCUGCACUUUGGCAUGGCGGUGGAAAAGGCUCGCGCCGAGGGCAUCAAGACCGAGCUCCUGGUUGUUGGAGACGACGUUGGCGUUGGCAGGAAGCGUGGAGGCCGGAUUGGUAGGAGAGGUUUAGCCGGAACGGUUCUCGUGCAGAAGAUUGCAUCCGCUGCUGCCGCUCAGGGCCAGUCUCUUGAACAAGUCGCUCAGAUCGCCACUCUAGCCUCUGACAACCUGGCCACAGUUGGCGCCUCCCUAGCUCAUGUCCACGUACCGGGUCGAGAAAUCACUCCCGAUGAGCUUGGCGAUGAAAUCGAGAUUGGCAUGGGUAUUCACAACGAAGAGGGCUUUGGCCGCGUCAAGACGACCCUGAAAGGCCUCGUUGAGACCAUGCUCAAGCAACUCCUUGAUCAAUCCGACAGCGAUCGCGCCUACAUCAAUGUCAAGUCUGGGGAGGAGGUGGUUGUCAUGGUCAACAAUCUUGGUGGCAUCAGCCCCCUCGAGCUCGGCGCCAUCACCACCGAAGUCAUUGACCAGCUCGAUGCUUCUUACAAGAUCAAGCCGUCAAGACUGCUUAGCGGCACAUACAUGACCAGCUUGAACGGUUUGGGAUUUAGUGUCACCGUUCUCAAAGUAGCGGAUAAUGCGAUUUUGCCUUUAAUUGAUGCCCCUGCCGAUGCCGCUGGCUGGUCACCAGCUGUCCGUCCCGAAAACUGGGCUCGCGGCAUUGAUACCACAAAGUCAGAGAUCAAGCAGGAAGCCCCUUCUCAGGAUGACUCAACCCCUAGUAACCUCGAUUUGGACGCUGCAUUCACCAUCACAAAGCUCAAGAUAGCUCUCAACAGCCUCAUCGUUGCUGAACCUCAAAUCACAAAAUUUGAUACUAUUGUCGGUGACGGUGACUGUGGACUCUGCCUCAAGACGGGCGCCGAAGCUGUUUUGAAGCAUCUGGAAAGCGUCUCUAUAUCAGGAGAGCUUGACGUCGUACAUUUCGUUCGAAACAUUGCACAGGUCAUAGAGUCAAGUAUGGACGGCACUUCUGGCGCACUCUAUGCCAUUUUCGUCAACGCUCUGUCUUCGGGCCUUCAAGAUCAGUCCUCCAGCCAAAAGAUUACUGUCACUCCAAAGAUCUGGGCAGCCGCCCUCCAGGCUGCACUCAAGAGCUUGGCCAAAUAUACCCCGGCUCAGCCGGGUGAUCGUACCGUGGUGGAUGCUCUUGUGCCGUUUGUCAAUACACUGACCGAGACGUUGGAUGUUCAAAAAGCCGUCGACGCUGCGAGAAAAGGUUCAGACUCAACAAAGGGCAUGGAGGCUAGCCUGGGGCGGUCUGUUUAUGUCAACGCCGAGGGCUGGAACGAAUGCCCUGACCCUGGUGCACAUGGCCUUGUCAAGCUGCUGGAGGGUUUCUUGGAAAUCUUGAAUUGA